CCGGGAAGUUGUCAGUACAAACUUUCAGCCUCAGAGCGAAGGAUCAGCAAUACAGUGAAGGACUCUUUACAGGCAGCAGGGCAACGAACCUGCAACUGAGGAACAUCGACAACUCAGCUCUUCUAUACAUUUACUGAAUUCACCGUCGAUAGUCCAAUAUUUUCCUCGGAUUAUCAUGAUGUUCACUACUUUUAACACGGAUUGCGAUUCUUCAUCGCGCUGUAGCACAGCUUCUCCCAGCAACGCUGAUAACAUUGGCUACUACCCGUCACCCGGAUCCCAGUCGAGCAUUGGCUCGCCUCAGUCUCAGGAUUUCACAGACCUCUCCAGUGUCUCCAGUGCUUCCUUCAUCCCCACUGUGACCGCCAUCUCCUCUUCCCCUGAUCUGCGGUGGAUGGUGCAGCCGGUGGUACCCUCUGUGGCCCCCUCCAACCCCCGGGCACACCCCUACGGUGCCAACCCCACCUCUGCCUACAGCAGGCCAGGGAUGCUCAAGACACCAACCAAAUCUGGAAGACGGGGCAGGAUGGAACAGCUCUCCCCUGAGGAGGAGGAGAAGAGGCGCGUGCGCCGUGAACGAAACAAGCAGGCCGCCGCAAAGUGCCGCAACCGCAGACGGGAGCUCACCGACACCCUCCAAGCUGAAACUGAUGAUCUGGAGGAUGAGAAAUCCGCUCUUCAGACAGACAUUGCCAACCUGAUGAAGGAGAAGGAGAGGCUGGAGUUCAUCCUGGCGGCCCACAAGCCCAUCUGCAAGAUCCCGGCCGACCUGCCCGAGGCCUUCCCCAUCACAACCACCUCCUCCAUGGUGCUGGAGUCAGUCGCCACUCGGCCCCAGAGCACCUUCGCCGGGUCCCCCAGCUCGCCCGAGCACCCCCUCUCCAUCUCCACCGCCGCAGUCACCACUACCUCCUCCUCCUCGGCCUCGCUCUUCUCCAGCCCGUCCAGCGUGGUGGCGCUCGGCGGCGACAUGACGGCAGUCAAGAUGGCGGCCGUCGACCUGGACUUGGCCCUGGAGGACUCGCUGGACAUGCUGGCCAAGAGCGAGCUGGAGACGGCGCGCUCGGUGCCCGACAUGGAGCUGCCUGGUGCCCUGUACACGCAGGACUGGGAGCCCCUCUACACCUCGGCCGGCAACGAGCUGGAGCCCCUGUGCACGCCGGUGGUCACCUGCACGCCCUCCUGCACCACCUACACGUCUUCCUUCAGCUUCACCUACCCCGAGAGCGAGGUGUUCCCCACCUGCGGCCUGGCUCACCGCCGGGGCAGCAGCAGCAACGACCAGUCCUCUGACUCCCUCAGCUCCCCGACCCUGCUGGCCUUGUAACACACACACAGCCUUGAACUUUUAUCGCCUCCAAGUGUUCAAAUAAACAGUACAUCAUAAUGCUAAUAGAUCACAAGGCUACGGACACAAAAGACGAAAGCAACAGCCACAACAACAACAACAAAUAUAUUAUUGUAGUUAACCUAUUUAUCAUCUUCUCAGCCUCUUUGAUGAUGUAGCAAGCUAAAGCAUGGUUUAACCACUUCUACAUUAAAUAUAGUUUGGUUAACAUUGUAGUUUCUAAUACUUUACUGGUGCUAGAUAAUGGAAUUGUUUAGCUGCUGCUGACAUUCGAUCAGAGCAAUAGAGAACAAGAAUUGUUAGAAUGUGAGUGAAUUUGUUUUUUUUUAUAUAUAUAUAAAAAAAGAUGUGUCUUACUAUGGUCUGGAUGGUCUUCACUACAUUAGUUUUCUGUGAAAACGUUGUUUUUAAUUUAUGAAACUUAAAAGUUAUUUUUGUACCUGAUAUUGAAAACUGAAUUUAAGAAAACUUUAAUAUUGUCUGCGAACUUGUGACAAUAAAUAUAUUUAAAAUGUA